AUGAGGCUCCUACCGGUUGUGUUGCUAGUGCUUGGUUUGGUGUGUUGUGUUUUCGGUGGCAAACUACAAACAUCAAAGUUUGCCAGUGAGGAGGAACUCGAAGCCCGUGAAUACGUCGAGCGCAUUGAUGAAGAAAUUUUAGCCCGACGAAACGUUGGCACGGAAGCCGAAUGGGCAUACGAAUCCAACAUCAACGAGGACAAUUUGGUGGUAAAAAAUGAAGUGGCAGCAGCGAAUGCUGUGUUCGUGAAAGAAGUUGCCAACACUCUGAAGAAGUAUGAUUACGAAAGCUUCAGUGAUGAGGAUUUGAAGCGUAAAAUCCGAAAACUCACCAAGCUGGGAUACUCUGUGCUGCCGGAGGACACAUUCGCAGAGAUGCUGGAUGCAAUCAAUCGGAUGCAGGAGAACUAUGCUAAAGUGAAGGUUUGCGACUAUCGUGACGGUAGCAAAUGCGAUUUGGCAUUGGAACCGGAGCUGACGGAGAUCCUCGCCAACAGCCGUGACCCUGAGGAGUUGAAGUAUUACUGGCAGCAGUGGUAUGAUGCUGCUGGUGCACCGACGAGAGAAGACUUCCAAAAAUAUGUUGAUUUGAAUGGAGAAGCGGCAAGGAUGAACAAUUAUGCGUCUGGAGCGGAGUAUUGGCUGAGCGCAUACGAGGACGACACGUUCGAGGAACAGGUUGAUGCCGUUAUUGAGGAGCUGCGUCCACUCUACGAGCAGAUCCAUGCUAAUGUACGUCAUCAGCUGCGAAAGUACUAUGGCGACGAGGUGGUGUCAGAGAAGGGACCAAUUCCUAUGCAUUUGCUUGGUAACAUGUGGGCUCAGGAUUGGGCGGGUGUAGCUGCCAUUACCAGUCCAUUCCCGGAUCGUCAGCUGUUGGAUGUGACGGAAGAGAUGGUUCGUCAGGGAUACACUCCAAUACAGAUGUUUGAGAUGGGCGAUGAGUUCUUCCAAUCGAUGAACAUGACCAAAGUACCCGCUUCCUUCUGGGAAAAGAGUAUCCUCGAGAAGCCAGACGAUGGUAGGGAUUUGGUUUGUCAUGCCAGUGCCUGGGAGUUCUCGAAGACUGAUGACGUGCGUAUUAAGCAGUGCACCCGUGUUACGAUGGACCAGUUCUUCACGGCUCACCACGAGCUGGGACAUGUGCAGUACUUCCUACAGUAUCAACACCUUCCAAGUAUGUACCGUGAUGGAGCCAAUCCUGGCUUCCAUGAGGCUGUUGGAGAUGUACUGUCUCUAUCGGUUUCGACACCAAAGCAUCUGGAGAAGAUUGGACUGUUGAAGGACUAUGUGCUUGACGAAGAAUCGAAGUUGAAUCAAUUUUAUGGAUCUGCAUUGAACAAGCUGGUAUUUCUUCCAUUCGCCUACACGCUGGACAAGUACCGUUGGGGUAUCUUCCGUGGUGAUAUUAAGCCUGAGGAGUACAACUGCAAGUUCUGGGAGAUGCGAUCGAAGUACUCCGGAGUUGAGCCACCAGUAGUUCGAUCGGAGGCUGACUUCGAUGCACCUGCCAAAUACCAUGUGUCGGCCGAUGUAGAGUAUCUGCGAUACUUUGUAUCGUUCAUUAUCCAAUUUCAGUUUCACAAAGCAGCUUGUGAAAAGGCCGGCGAGUAUGUGCCAGGAGAUCCAGAGAAGACGUUGAAUAAUUGUGACAUUUAUCAGAGCACUGAGGCAGGCAAUGCUAUCAAGGCAAUGUUGGAGCUGGGAUCAUCGAAACCAUGGCCCGAUGCAAUGGAGGUUCUCACAGGAGUGAGACGCAUGAGUGCCGAUGCUCUGAUUGAAUACUUCCAACCAUUGUACGAUUGGUUGGUAGUUGAAAACGAACGCAUUGGAGCUUACGUCGGAUGGGAAGAAACCAAAAGUAAGCCAUACUGGUUUUUUUGCAAAGUUUUUUUUUAA